AUGGUAUCCCACGUCCCAAUCUACAUCAACAGCCCAACCAUCCCCCCAACACCCAAACCCACCCACCUCAUCUCCCUCCCUCUCGUCCUCCUCCUCCCACCAACCCUGCUCUUCCUCCUCCACACCAUCCGCAAAGACUACCACGCCUUCCUAGCCCUCGGACCCGGCGGCACCCCAUCCACCCCGACAGGCUACCUCCGCAUCUGCAUCCUCCGCCUAAUAGCCCUCCGAAAUCCAUUCUCUCCACCCUCAAUCCCGAGCACAUUAUCGCCGAAGACGGGAUACUUUGAUCCGUGCCCUCCAACAUCCCCUUCGUACACAUCCCCCUCCGCACCGACCAGCCAGAACAACGCCAGGGACACGCCCAACCAGGAUGAAACCCGUCCCGAACGAACGAAAACCCACCUCCCCUACCGCCGCGGUCCACCCCCGCUAGUCACGGGAAUCGCACCGCAACGCCAACUCACGCAACGCAGCACAAAACUCAUCUACACGCGUCUCGCACAAGCCAUCGAGGACCUCGUCCGUGCGAACCCCAAGAAAUACGUCCUCGGGACAUCCUGUUUCGAGAAACAUAGUACGGGGAUUUUUGCCUCGCCUUGCACCACCGCCACCACCGCCCCUUCUGCGUCCUCAACCAGCUCGCCACCAACCCCUUCGAUGGGAGGAAAGCACCGCCGAAAUACCUGCAACGGCGAGAUCUGCCACAGUCACCCCAUCGACGGGAGUCUGCAUCUCACACUCCACCCGGCGGACGUGCGGGUGCUGAUUGAGCGAGGCUGGGGCCAGCGCCAUCCGCUGGCGUGGGAGGAAGAGACGUCGCGGCGGUGGUUGUGCGGGACGAGGUUUGUGCCGGCGGGGUUCGUGAUGGUGUAUGCGCCCCGGGACGAGGAUGAGGUGAGGGUUGUUAUGGAGGUGGUGAGGGCGGCGGGGUGGUGGGUUAGUGGUGAGAGUUAG